GGAUGGGUUGCAAAAAGAUUCACUUUUAUCCACAGAUACUAGUACUGGUAAUCACAUUCCAACCUCAGAGAGGACUAAUAGAAUAAGGGAAACUGUGUUAACCUCUUCUGUUCAAAGUGUCAGGAGUGGUUCUGAGACAUUUCAUGAGCUCGAUGGAGUAGACAAUGAAGUUUUUGUAAAAGAAAGAGACUCCAGUGAUGAGAUGCCUGUGCCAGACCAAUUUUCCCAAAGUCCUAGGAUUGUGGCUGAAGGUCAGCAUGAAGACACUUUUCGAUCAAAGAGAUAUUCUGACGAUUCCACUGAUCUGUAUAGUUCCCAGUUUGAGAACAUACUAGACAAUACCUCCUUAUACUACAGUGUGGAGUCGCUUGAUACCCUGUACUAUGAGCCUGAUAGCUUCUUCAGCUUCGAAAUGCCCCUCACUCCAAUGAUUCAACAGCGGAUCAAAGAAAGCACUCAUUUCUUGGAGAGGAACUGUGCAGCUGACAACCAACAAGAGUUCCUCAAGGUCGACACAGGUUGCGGAAUAACAAUGGGUUACUGUAAUGAUGUUAUUAAUGGGCUAGAUGAAGUAAAAGGAAUACAAUUCGGCAAGAAUACAGAGGAGCUGGCUUUCUCAGGAGGUGAUGUGGGAUCCAGCAGCAAACCUCUAGAGGCCUCUCAUGCCAUGGGCAGCACUGAACUCCUUGUAAAAGGAAGCACUGAAAACCUCAGCAACGGGACCAAUAGUAAUCUACAAGCUGCUAAACGCUUGGCUAAACGCCUCUACCAGCUGGAUGGAUUUAAACGCUCUGAUGUCGCAAAGCACUUAGGAAAAAACAAUGAUUUCAGCAAACUUGUGGCAGAAGAGUAUCUUAAGUUUUUUGACUUCACAGGAAUGGACCUGGAUCAGUCACUCAGGCGUUUCUUUAAGGCAUUUUCGCUCAUUGGGGAGACUCAGGAAAGGGAGAGAGUCUUAGUCCACUUCUCCAACAGAUAUUUUCAAUGCAAUCCAAACAGCAUGUUUUCUGCAGAUGGAGUGCAUUGCCUUACCUGUGCGUUAAUGCUUCUUAACACAGAUCUGCAUGGACAUAACAUCGGAAAGAAGAUGAGUUGUCAAGAAUUCAUCUCCAACCUCCAAGGAGUGAAUGAAGGAAAAGAUUUCCCCCGAGGGCUACUCAAGGCGUUAUACAACUCCAUCAAGAAUGAGAAGCUGGAAUGGGCAGCUGAUGAUGUUGAUGUUAUGAAGAAGUCCCCAUCAGACAAUGCUGACGACAAACUCAAUGGUACUCAGUCAAAGAGUGUAAGUCGGAUUGGCAGUAACAGCAACCCUUUCCUGGACAUACCACACGAUCCGAACGCUGCUGUAUACAAGGCUGGGUUCCUUGCUCGUAAAAUCCACGCUGAUAUGGAUGGGAAGAAAACUCCAAGGGGAAAACGAGGAUGGAAAACCUUCUAUGCGAUACUAAAAGGAACUGUCCUUUAUUUGCAAAAGGACGAAUACAAGCCAGAGAAGGCUCUGUCAGAAGAUGACUUGAAAAAUGCUGUGAGUGUACAUCAUGCUUUGGCUUCAAAGGCAACGGACUAUGAGAAAAGGCCCAAUGUCCUGAAACUGAAGACAGCUGACUGGAGAGUAUUUCUGUUUCAAGCACAGAGCAGUGAGGAAAUGGAAUCCUGGAUCAACAAAAUAAACUGUGUGGCAGCCGUGUUUUCUGCCCCACCCUUUCCAGCUGCCAUAGGAUCCCAGAAGAAAUUUAGUCGCCCAUUACUGCCUGCUACAACCACCAAACUGUCGAAGGAUGAACAGUUGAAAUCACAUGAAACUAAACUGAAGCAGAUCUCUACAGAACUGGCUGAACAUCGCUCCUAUCCACCGGAUAAGAAAGUAAAAGCAAAGGAAAUAGAUGAGUACAAGAUGAAGGAUCAUUACCUGGAGUUUGAGAAAACACGCUAUGAGGUUUAUGUGAAACUUCUAAAAGAAGGCGGAAAAGAUUUGCUGAUCAGUGGCGAGAAUGACAACGCUGGCCUCAAAAAAUCCCAAUCCAGCCCUUCACUGACCCAAGAUUCGUCUCCAGCGAGUGCCAAGAUCAAGCGCAAUGUUUCCGAGAGGAAGGACUACAGGCCAGAGACACCCAGCAUCAAGCAGAAGGUCCCCUAAAAGGAAACAGAACUGGGAUGAGCUGAUGUCAGUCAGCAAGUGCAGCAAAAUAUAUCGCCUGUCACAAGUGUUACUAUUUGUGGUUCAUUCAAACUACUUAAUGAGUCUGUGACUGACCGGGGCUUGAUAGCAUAUUUUAUUGCACAUUUCUUUUUGCUGUUGACUGCUCACUAUGUUGUAGAUGUCUUUGUUCCCAAUCAGCAGAGUGUGGUUAUUUUGGCUUUGUUUUUAAACAGCUCCUGCACUGCAGUUUUACCCAUGUGCUGAAAGGGUUAAUAAUUAAUGUACCUGUUUCUAAGGGAAUACAUUUUAGGACUUGGUUGUAUGCGCCAGUCCCAGACCACACCAUUUUUACACCCUCUAUUUUACACAUAGUUUCCAUUUCUUUUUAAUUGUACUUCUUGCUAUUGUUAUAAUUUAAUAUAGGCAGCUGUCCACAAAAGAGCAGGACAUUCAGAGGAAAUGGCAAGAAA